UUUCAUUUCUUUUCAUCAUUUGUAAUCUUCAUUUCAACACCAAGGAAGGAAGAGCAACAGAAGUGCCAAAAACUCAAAAAACCCCUAUUUUUGGCAUCCACACCUCAGAAGUCAAGCCUAAAAGCUUCGUUCCCAAACUCCCAAAACCCAAUAAGCUUUGAGAGAAAAUCGAGCUGUACUAAUAAUGGCGUCUUCCUAAUAAUUGUCAAUAGGUAACGAUCUUCGAAGACAUUGAUUUGGGUUUUGUUUAGAAUACUCAAAAUGUCAAGAUUUCGAUCACUUAUUCAAGCUUCUUUGAAUGCUACCAAGAAAGCUUUCACGUGGAAUGUUGAAGAUUUAAUGCCCCCUAGUGAAAAGUAUAUCUUCAGUUUCAAUAGUAAAGAAGAGAUCAAGAAAUGGCAUCUUUACUCAGACUCAGAAUACGGAGGUCUGUCUUCAGCAUCAUUGGAGAUCAAUGAUCGAGGAGAAGGUUUCAAAGGGCUAUUCUCUGGAAAGCUCUCUUUUGAUGUAAUGGAGGGAUCAGGAUGGAAUAUGAAAAGAAGUGGCUUUUGUGGAAUGCGUUCAAAGAAGUUUGAUGGCUUCAUAGAUUUGGACUCAUACGAUACAAUAGCUUUGAAACUCAAAGGAGAUGGUAGAUGCUACAUAUCUACGAUCUAUACAGAGAAUUGGGUGAACUCCCCAGGACAGCAAGAAGAUAAUUCUUGGCAGGCUUUUGUUUACGUUCCUGCAGACAAUUGGUACAUUGCUAAGAUCCCUCUAGCUCGGUAUUUACCAACAUGGAGGGGUAAUGUCAUUGACGCAAGUUUGGAGAUGAAUCCAUCCCGUGUUCUUGGUAUGUCACUCUCAGUAAAUGCUGAAGGUGGUGUCCCCGGUGCAAAAUCUGGGCCAGGAGAUUUCAGAGUUGAAAUUGAUUGGAUUAAAGCAAUUAGGACUUUGUGAGUUUUUGAAAAGCUAUGUUGUACGCGAACUUUGUAUCCAAUUUUGUACUCCAAGAAGCUUUGUACAUGGUUUCGGUGUACUCCAAGAAGCUCAUUAGUGUAUGCUUCCUCUUUCAUAAAGCUGUAUACAUGGUUUUGUUGUACUUGAUGAAGCAGUUUCUUAGUCUUGAUGAAAGUUUUGACA